AAUAAAUAGAUUCAGAAAUCAGCAUACCCUUCAAAUUUCAAAUACAUGCUUUCAAUAUUCGCGUCUUUUUUGUAUUCCCCAAAACAAUGAUAAUUUAGAGAAAAUGACUGCAGACAAGGAAAGCUAUGGAGACGAAACCAAUCAGGAUAGUGAGGUGGAACAAACUCCGACCGAAAAUGUCACCGAAGAUACUGAAGAUGAUAAAAUAACGUUUAAGGAUUUGGGAGUUGUAGACGUACUCUGCGAGGCUUGUGAAGAAUUGAAAUGGAAGAAACCCUCUAAAAUUCAAAAAGAAGCUAUUCCCGUCGCAUUACUAGGCAAAGAUAUCAUUGGUCUUGCAGAGACAGGUUCUGGUAAGACAGGUGCCUUUGCCCUGCCCAUACUUCAAGCACUAUUGGAGAACCCACAGAGAUAUUUUGCACUUAUACUUACUCCAACAAGGGAACUGGCAUUUCAGAUAUCAGAACAAUUUGAAGCACUUGGUGCAAGCAUAGGUGUAAAAUGUGCAGUAAUAGUUGGUGGUAUGGACAUGGUGGCACAAGCUCUAAUGCUAUCCAAGAAACCUCACAUAAUCAUCGCCACUCCCGGAAGAUUGGUUGACCACCUGGAGAAUACCAAGGGGUUUAAUUUAAGGCCUCUAAAAUAUUUAGUAAUGGAUGAAGCGGAUAGAAUUCUCAACAUGGAUUUCGAAGUGGAAGUGGACAAGAUUCUCCGUGUGAUACCAAGAGAACGCCACACUUAUCUCUUCUCUGCAACAAUGACGAAGAAAGUGCAGAAGCUCCAACGGGCAUCAUUACAAGACCCUGUGAAAGUGGAGGUGUCUACAAAGUACCAGACUGUUGAUAAGCUUAUGCAAUCCUACAUCUUCAUACCUGUUAAGUUUAAGGAUGUAUAUCUAGUUCACAUUCUCAACGAGAUGGCUGGAAACUCGUUUAUCGUUUUCGUCUCGACGUGCGCCGGUGCACUGCGCUGUGCAUUACUUCUCAGAAACUUGGGUCUGGCCGCGGUACCACUACACGGUCAGAUGUCUCAGAAUAAACGUCUCGCAGCCCUGAACAAAUUCAAGAGCAAAUCCAGAUCGGUGUUGAUCUGUACUGACGUAGCAUCCAGAGGUCUGGACAUUCCUCACGUGGACGUCGUGAUAAACCUGGACAUCCCGCUGCACAGCAAGGACUACAUCCACCGCGUGGGCCGCACCGCCCGCGCCGGGAGGGCCGGUAAAGCUAUCACUUUUGUCACGCAGUACGACGUGGAGUUAUACCAGCGAAUUGAACAGUUGAUCGGGAAACAGCUGCCUUUAUACAAGACGGAGGAGAGCGAGGUCAUGGUGCUGCAGGAGAGGGUCGCUGAGGCCCAACGUCUCACUAGAAUCGAAAUGAAAGAACUAGAAGACAAGAAGAGUACGAAGGGUAAGAAGCGAGGUGCCGACUCUGACGACGACACAGAGGAUGCGGUCGGAGUCCGCAGACGGAUCAAGGGGAAACCUAAACACGCUGGCAAGAAACGGAAACGAUGAAAUACAAUUUUAU